AACGUCUAAUUCCUUAUAUGCCAAAAAUUCUUAUAGACUACAGCUAGCCAUUGGCAGCACAAAUCAAGUUCAAGACUGCUUAAAUAUGUAAUCACAGCUCAUUAUCUAAUCUUGCUUUUAUUUGUUUAGAGAGAGAUAAUAAGCUGCGGACAUCCGGUGGUUUCUUGAACGAAAAUCCAUCUGAAUUCUGCGUUUGGAGUAAAUUCUUGACAGAGCGAUUUUAAUUGGAUUCAUUCGCCAAUUACGCGUUCUUCUCAAUAUAAAGGUUCGUCUAUUUUUGUUCGGAUUCGGGGGAAAAUAUUUUGAAUUUUACUGUCUUUCCGUGCACAUGUUUUUUGAAUUUGGGCACUGCAGUCGCUUUCAGAGUUUUUGGUUUCAAUUAGACUGCGUGGGUGAUUUCGAAUUUGGGAAUCAAACGGUUAGGGUUUCUGUGCGUGGAAAAUUUGAGUUGGGGGUCAAGGAAGUGAAGUAUCCUGGGGUUUGAAUUUUUAUUAGAUUGAGAAUUUUUAGGGCAAAUAAAAUUAGAGAAUCAAGCGUUGUUGCAGCUCUUGGUACUUGUUGAUAUUGGGCAUCGAUUGACAGAACGGUAACUGCUCUUCUUUUGGAAUUUUGAGGGUUCUUUUUGAUAGAAUUCAUCAAGACAUUGUGACUUUGGUCAUUAAUGUGGAAUAGUUGAUUGAACUUUGUGAUUGGCUAUUGUUUGGAUUGGACUUCUGUGAUUAUUCUUUGUGGUUCUUUUGGAAAUUGUAUGGAUAAAAGAGUUGUAAACGGAUGAGAACAACACAAUGAUAGGGAAAGGGGCAUCAAGUCGAUGGAUGUCUCAGAUAGGACAUUCUCUGAUAUAGUGGGCUUAUUGAAAUCGUGGUUCUCCGGACGAUCUGAGCCGGCUAAUAUGUCCAGGGAUUUUUGGAUGCCGGAUCAGAGCUGUAGAGUAUGCUAUGAGUGUGACUCACAGUUCACCUUGUUCAACCGUAGGCACCACUGUCGACUUUGCGGCCGAGUUUUCUGUGCCAGAUGCACUUCAAACUGGAUCCCCACAAUGUCUGGUGACCAGAAGACACCACGAGAAGACUGGGAUAAGAUUCGGGUCUGCAAUUUCUGUUUUAAGCAAUGGGAACAUAGAUCGACAGGGACAGCUGAUAAUGGGAUCCAUGUUUCCACCGUGGACCUUAGUACUACUUCUCCUUCAGAAAAUAGUUUUAUUAGUACCAGAUCUAGUGGAACCUGUGACAGUAGUAACAUAACAUUUGCAUCAUUGCCACAAUCUACUGGCCUUAGCCCACAUCAAUCAGCAGCAAUAAUGGAAAAGACUGCACAAAGGCAAAGUGUUGCUGCAGCAAGGAACAACGAGAAUGCUGUAGACACAACAGAACUUAAUCAGUCUCCUGACCAAUUUGAAUUUUGCACAAACAGGGGUGAUGGUGAUGAUGAAGAACUUGCAGUUUAUCAGUUAGAUUCCGAAAGAAGGUGUUUUUCCCAGGUUAAUUGCUACUAUGAUCCGGUUGAGUUUGAUGAUAUUGACAAUGACUACAAAUCACGGAAGGUGCAUCCUGAUGGGGAAGUCAUUGAUUCAAAAAGUAUGAGCUUUUCUUUGCUACAAAAUAGUUCUGAAUCUCAGGCUUCAGAAGAAGUCCAUCAGAUUGUGGAAAAAGAAGCUGAACAUGAUAUUGGUGAUGAAUGUGAAGGACCUUCUUUAUGCUCAACUGAAGAUGUUGAUACUGAACCCAUGGAUUUUGAAGACAAUGGAGAUCUCUGGCUCCCUCCUGAACCAGAAGAUGAAGAAGAUGAAAGGGAACCACUUCUUUGUGAUGAUGAAGAUGAUGAGGACCCCACUGGAGAAUGGGGAUAUUUUCAUAAUUCAAGCAGCUUUGGGAGUGGGGAGUAUAGAAGCAGGGACAAAUCUAAUGAGGAGCACAAAAAGGCUAUGAAAAAUGUGGUUGAGGGACAUUUUAGGGCUUUGGUAUCUCAGCUUUUGCAGGUGGAGAACUUUCUUUCGGGAGAGGGUGAUGAUAAAGAGUCUUGGUUAGAUAUAAUUACAUCAUUGUCAUGGGAGGCUGCUACAUUAUUAAAGCCGGAUACAAGCGAGGGAGGAGAAAUGGACCCUGGGGGAUAUGUGAAGGUAAAAUGUUUAGCUUCUGGGCAUCGAAGUGAGAGUAUGGUGGUCAAAGGAGUUGUUUGCAAGAAGAAUGUGGCCCAUCGACGGAUGACAUCAAAAAUAGAGAAACCUCGCUUACUGAUCCUUGGAGGGGCUCUUGAGUACCAGCGGGUUUCUAACGCCCUUUCAAGUUUCGAUACGCUGUUGCAGCAGGAAAUGGAUCAUCUUAAGAUGGCUGUUGCAAAGAUAGAUGUUCACAAUCCCGAUAUUCUUUUGGUGGAGAAAUCGGUUUCACGAUAUGCUCAAGAGUACCUUCUUGCAAAACAUAUAUCACUUGUUCUAAAUAUCAAAAGGCCACUUUUGGAGCGUAUAGCACGCUGCACUGGUGGUCAAAUUGUUCCAUCUAUUGACAACCUAUCCUCUCCGAAAUUGGGAUAUUGUGACAUGUUCCAUGUUAAGAGGUUUUCAGAAGAGCAUGGCACAGCUGAGCAAGCUGGAAAAAAGUCAGUGAAGACACUGAUGUACUUUGAAGGUUGUCCAAAGCCACUGGGUUGCACUAUAUUACUUCGAGGUGCCAGUGAAGAUGAGUUACGGAAAGUGAAACAUGUUGUACAGUAUGGAGUGUUUGCGGCUUAUCACUUAGCUUUGGAGACAUCUUUUCUUGCUGAUGAGGGUGCCUCUCUGCCAGAACUUCCAUUAAACUCCCAAAUAACAGUUUCAUUUCCAGGCAAGUCAUCAACCAUUGACAGGUCCAUCUCAAUGAUACCUGGUUUUGCAGCCCCUGCCAAUGAAAAAACUCUGGGACCUCAAACUGUUGGUGAACCACAGAGGUCAAAUUGUGUCCCUACUCCAGAUUCAAUUAAGUUCUCAAGUGUUUCUGCACAAGAAAUUCAAAUUCUACAGACGAAUAACCUUCUUCCUGUGAGCUCUCAGCAUGCCAAGCCACUUGUGUCAUCUUCUAUGCUAGGUGUUCAGAAUAUUCCCUUUACCGAAUCCUCUUCUUUUCAUGCAUUAGGAAAAGAAUUCAUACUAAAUUUGAGGGAGUCUUCAGGGGGAGAAACUUCUGAAGCAGUCAGUGUAUUGCAUGCUACAGGAUAUCAUCAUGUAGCUGAUAAUUUGGGUGAUUCAAACAUCAAAAGCGUGCAAAAUGAUUGGGAUACAAACCAAAAUUGUUCAAAUCCAUCAGUUUUGCAGCCUGAUGGAAAACACAUUUUUCAGAAACAAGCAUUGUUCAAAGACGAGUUUCCUCCAUCCCCAUCUGAUCAUCAAAGCAUCUUGGUUUCCCUAUCAUCACGAUGUAUGUGGAAGGGAACUGUCUGUGAAAGAUCCCAUCUCUUCCGGAUCAAAUACUAUGGAAACUUUGACAAGCCAUUGGGCCGAUUUCUGCGGGAUCAUUUAUUUGAUCAGAGUUAUAGGUGCGGUUCGUGUGAAAUGCCCUCAGAAGCUCAUGUUCAGUGUUAUACUCAUCGACAAGGCACUCUUACGAUCGCAGUCAAGAAACUGUCGGAAAUUCUUUUACCUGGUAAAACAGAAGGAAAGAUUUGGAUGUGGCAUAGGUGCCUGCGGUGUCCACGAAGUAAUGGCUUCCCUCCAGCAACUCAAAGGGUUGUUAUGUCGAAUGCUGCUUGGGGACUAUCUUUUGGGAAGUUUUUAGAGCUAAGUUUUUCAAAUCAUGCAGCUGCCAGUAGAGUGGCAAGCUGUGGCCACUCUUUGCAUCGAGACUGUCUUCGUUUUUAUGGAUUUGGCCAAAUGGUUGCUUGCUUUCGUUAUGCAUCAAUUGAUGUUCACUCAGUAUACCUUCCUCCCGCAAAACUUGAUUUUAACUAUGAAAGCCAGGAGUGGAUGAAACAAGAACUGAAUAAGGUGGCAGGCUGGGCUGAGCUUUUGUUCUCUGAAGUGCUCAAUGCUAUCUGCCUUUUGGCAGAAAAGAAAUCUGGCUCAGGUUUGCUCAAUAGUGGCGUGAAAUUACCUGAAUCAAGACGCCAGAUAACAUAUUUAGAAGGGAUAUUGCGGAAAGAGAAGGCCGAAUUCGAGGAAACACUCCCGAAAAUUUUGAACAAGGAAGUGAGAAAGGGCCAAGCUGUCAUUGAUAUUUUUGAGAUCAAUCGACUACAAAGGCAACUAGUCUUCCAGUCUUAUAUGUGGGACCGUCGCCUGGUAUACGCAGCCAAUUUAGAUAAGAAGGAUGAACAGGAUGAUUUAGAUGUCACCAAUUCAGAACCUGAUGAGAAAUCCAGUGGUGUUAAUGAGAACAUGUUUGAUAAAAUCAUCCCUAUUAAGAUAGGCAAUCCUGAUUCUGUUUCUGCAGAUGCAAAGCCUGUCAAAAACCAUGAUCGAGGGUUAGGUGAUAGAUACAACAGCCAUCCUGACGUAGUUCAUCAAAGAACUGAUGUGGGUAUUAACUACAAUCACGGAUAUGUAAAUCCAUCAACACUUCCUAUUGGGACAAAGGCCUUUGAUGAAUUAGAUCUCCUGGAAUCUAAUGUUGCAGUUCGUAGAACCCUUUCUGAUGGACAAGUCCCUAUUUGUUUAUCAGACACUCAUGAUGCAUUGUGGACCGGUGAAUAUCACCCAGGUGUCGGAGUACCUAAGAAUAAUAAUUUACACGAACCAUUUGAGACAAAUUCUUCAACCUCAGCUGGAGUGGCAGAAAAGUUGGAUGUGGAAGACCACGAGGAUGAUCUAACCGUGUCUAAGGUGUCUCAACCGCCUUCCAUGUUGUCUGCUAAAGGCUCUGAUUUUAUGGAAGAUACCGUGAGCUGGUUGGGAAUGUCUUUUAUUACUUUCUACAGAUCAUUAAGCAAUCUUUUGGGUACUCAUCAGAAACUGUAUACUCUCAGUGAAUACAAUCCAGUGUACAUAUCAUCAUUUCAGGAUUCGGAAUUCCAGGGUGGAGCCAAGUUGCUUCUGCCUGUAGGGGUUAAUGACACUGUUGUACCAGUCUAUGACGAUGAACCCACAAGUAUCAUAUCUUAUGCACUCGUGUCACCUGCAUAUCUGGUCCAGCUGUCUGAUGAGCUUGAGAGACCAAAGGACACUGCAGACUCAAUGCUUUCUCUGCAGUCCCAUGAUGCUGGGAAUCUUCAAUCCGUUCAUUCCUCUGAUGAACUGACUUCCUUGCCUUUGGACCCGAUCUCAUAUACAAAAGCCUUGCAUACGAAAGUGUCUUUUGUAGAUGAUGGACUCCAUGGGAAGGUGAAAUACACAGUUACUUGUUACCAUGCAAAGCGUUUUGAUGCCUUGAGGAGGAUAUGUUGUCCAUCCGAGAUGGAUUUCGUCAGAUCUCUUAGUCGUUGUAAGAAGUGGGGAGCCCAAGGUGGUAAGAGCAAUGUCUUUUUUGCAAAAACCUUGGAUGAUCGAUUUAUCAUUAAGCAAGUGACAAAGACUGAGCUGGAAUCAUUCAUCAAGUUUUCUCCUGGAUAUUUUAAGUAUCUUUCUGAAUCAAUUGGCUCAGGUAGCCCAACAUGCCUGGCAAAGAUCCUUGGGAUAUAUCAGGUUACAUCGAAACAUCUCAAAGGCGGGAAGGAAUCAAAAAUGGAUCUGUUGGUUAUGGAGAAUCUUCUGUUCGGAAGAAAUCUGACCCGGCUUUAUGAUCUUAAAGGAUCUUCCAGGUCUCGGUACAAUCCUGAUUCUAGUGGAAGUAAUAAGGUUUUGCUUGAUCAGAACUUGAUUGAAGCUAUGCCUACUUCUCCAAUUUUUGUUGGAAAUAAAGCCAAGAGAUUGCUAGAGAGAGCUGUCUGGAAUGAUACUGCUUUUCUCGCAUCUAUAGAUGUAAUGGAUUAUUCACUUCUAGUUGGGGUUGAUGAAGAGAAGCAUGAGCUUGUUCUUGGGAUUAUUGACUUCAUGAGACAGUACACUUGGGACAAGCAGCUUGAGACUUGGGUGAAGACGGCUGGCAUACUUGGUGGCCCCAAGAAUGCUUCCCCAACAGUAAUUUCGCCAAAGCAAUACAAGAAGAGGUUCAGGAAAGCAAUGACUACCUAUUUUCUGAUGGUUCCCGAUCAAUGGUCACCUCCUACAAUCAUUCCUAGUAAGUCGCAAACUGAUUUGUGCGAAGAGAAUGCACAAGGUGUUACCUCUGCCGAUUGAAGUCUGUUCACUUGUACAUUUGAUCCUACCAUUUGGGAAUUAAAUUCCCUGUUGAUUUUCCAUGUUCAUAUAUCAUUCAAAUUUUUUCGGAAUGUAGUUGUCCAAACAUGCAUAACAAGGCUGCUAUUCCUAUGGAAAGUCUCCUUGUAAAAUAUAUUGGAUGACGUCCUCACAAAGUUUUUGUACAAUGCUGUCAUUUUUUUUUUCUCUCCUCUCUCACCCCCCUCCCUCCCCCAGAUUUUUUUUUUUUAACCUUAGAAUUCGAGUUGUAUAUAGGAAUUGAAAUAUGUUUUCAAUAGUAAGUGCAAUUUUUGCGUAAUAUUUGUGGUUCAAAUA